GUCGGUCUCUGGUGUAAACAUGAAGAAGUUAAGUCGAAAUCAGAAUUGUCAUUUUGUUAAUUACUAGUAAGUUCAGAGGGAUACAUGUUACUGCCGAGGGACACUUGCCAGUCUGAAGCCUACCUGUUAUAAACAAUAGCAUACAGCAUGGCAAUCCUUUCAGGCAUGCCAGGCAAAGCAUCAGAGCUGGACAGAUGACCUGCCGCUGUGUCAGAUGUGUGGGGUCGGCACAGCUACCAACUGUGUGUACGGCCCUGAUGGUAAAGGAACUCAGAGCCACCCCAACGAGGACGGACACCUCGGGUUCAGAGGCGAGGAUGGCUGCUUCCUGUACGGGGUUUUUAACGGUUACGAUGGCAGCAGAGUGGCCAGUUUUGCCUCGCAGUGUCUGACGGCUGAACUGCUGCUAGGACAGCUCAACUCCAGUCACACAGACAGCGACAUUCGCCGGAUCCUCACACAGGCCUUUGAUGUGGUGGAGAAGAGCUACUUUGAGACAAUAGAUGAUGCUCUGGCUGAGAAGGCUCACCUGUCCAACUACCUCCUACCACACAAUGAGAAUGUGUCAUUCCACCAGCUUUCUCCUCAGAGUCAGAAGGUGCAGGAGCGUCUGAAGGAGCUGGAGCAGGAGGUGUCAGGAGGAGCGACAGCUGUGGUGGCACUGAUCCUCAACAACAAGCUCUACAUCGCCAGUGUUGGUACCAACCGGGCACUGCUGUGCAAGUCCAGCAGCGACGGCCAGAACCAGGUCCUACAGAUUGGCCGACCACACAGCACUGACAAUGAAGACGAGCUGCAGAGGCUGGCUGCACUGGGUGUAGAUUCGGCCCGUGUAAGGCAGGCAGGGCAGAUUGCUGGUCAGAGCAGCACCAGGAGGCUCGGAGACUACCGGGUUAAGUUCAACUACAAUGAAAUCGACCUGCUCAGUGCGGCCAAGACAAGGCCAAUCAUCGCAGAGCCAGAGAUUCAUGGCAGCCACUCUUUGGACAACGUGACAGGCUUCUUGUUGCUGAUGUCAGAAGGUCUUAUCAAUGCCCUUGAGUCCGCCCACGGCCCUGAACAAGCCAAUCAGGAAAUUGUUGCCAUGGUAGCAGCAGAGCUGGCCCAGCAGACCAGUCUGGAGGCAGUGGCUCAGUCGGUGGUGGAGCGCGUCAAACGGCUGCACCACGACGUCUAUGUGUCCGGCCGUCAGAGGGCAACUUACUGUUCUCGGCACGAGGACAUGACCCUGCUUAUACGCACGCUCAACUAUCCGCUGGCUGAUGGAGUGCUCACACCCACACAGGGUGGACGUAUCUACCCCGUGUCAGUGCCCUACUCCAACAGCCAGAGCACCAGUAAAACCAGUGUCACCCUCUCACUGGUCAUGCCCUCACAAAGUACCCUCACCAAUGGAACCAACACUGCCUCCACCCUGGAGGAAGGCACCCCCACACCAGGCAGUCAGAGCCCCACGGCCACCCUCCAGUCCACCAACACCCAGACGCAGAGCUCCAGCUCCAGCUCGGGAGAUGGCAGCCUGUUCCGCCAGCGAGGCAGCCAGGCGGCUCAGCCUGACGAGACGGGCAGGGUACCGCCGUACGUGGACUUCAGUCAGUUUUACCGCCUGUGGGGAAGUGACCACAGCGACAGCCAGAGCACCCAAGGAGGACUGGGACCCCAGUGAGGGGACGAUGAGGGUGCUCGGUGCCAGUUGGAAAGGGACAUACUCGGCUUUCUGACAGCAGGGAGGCUCAUGGAUUGCAAAGGGACACAGAUUUUAAGAGGUAGUUUGGUUGACCAAUGAAAUGCUUUUAAUGUAUCAUAACUGAAACUAAGUGACCUAAAGGUGCAUGGGGACGCAUGGACGAAGGACUGGGGUCACCAGGUCUUACUGUCAAACAUCGGGUGAAACCAGUGGGCAAAGAAAAACCCUGAGACAGUGAGACACUGGUGUCACUACACGCCACAAAAUGAUGUUUGUGCUUCUGUUUCAGAUGCUGGGCAUGAGUGCGAAUAUAUGUAAUCCAGACUGUAGCCAUUAUUGUCAGAUGUAAAAACAUGUAUCUGCAAACAGGGAUCUCAUCGACUUGAGAGUUCAUGGAGGUGAUAAUUAUGACUAAGGCCCUAAAAUGAAUGGAUACGUUUGAAAGUACUUUUAAUUUGUAAUGAAAGUAUAUCUCCAAAUGAC